AUGCAAUCUUUUUACACCGUCGAAGAAGUUUUUAAAAAAGCGGAUAUAAAUCACGAUAAUUAUUUAAAUACCGAAGAACUAUCAAAAUGGAUAAAUAUGAAAACGCAAGAACACAUACACGAAUCCAUCGUUGAAAAUUAUAAAAUAUUUUUAAUAACGGAUGUAAAUCCAAAAAAUGGUUUGGUAUCGUGGAAUGAAUAUCAUUCGUAUUUUUUACAAAAAAACGGUUACAACGAUAGUAGUUACGGUUUAGAAUAUACGGGUAAUGGCGUCGAAAAAAUUAUACAUCGUAAAAAAAUGCCGAGAAGAUUAGAAGAAGCCAUUAUGAGAGAUAAAGCAUCGUGGAGCGAAACAUCCAAAAUGGAUCCGAAUCAUUUAACACUCGAUGAAUUUCUAUCGUUUAGACAUCCCGAAUCGAGUUAUUCGACAAUUAUUUCUUUAGUAGAUGAAAUAUAUAAAAAAUUCGAUCGAGAUGGUGAUGAAAUAUUAACAGAAGAUGAAUUUUCAACUUUUCGAUUCGACGACGAUGAUGAUGAUCAAGAUCACGCGUUGUCGGAAGCCAUGUCACGAGAAGAAAAAGAAAGAAGAAAAGAAUUUCGUGAUGUUGUCGAUUUGAAUAAAGAUGGUAAAGCAACGAGAAAAGAAGUUUUGACUUACAUUGAUCCAAAAAAUCCAAGGCACGCAAAGGAAGAAGCAGAAACUUUGAUUAGUUUGGCCGACAUUGAUAAAGAUGGUAGACUUUCAUUGAAUGAAAUUUUCAAUAAAAUCGAUUUGUUUUUGGGUAGUAAAAUGAUUGAUACGGGUAGAAGUUUUCACGAUGAGCUUUAA